AUUGCAAAUCAGUACUUGUUGUCAAGGUAAAUCAUUUCAUACAUCGAAUAACUACUUUAAGUGGAGAUAUUUCAUACAUGCAUUCUCGUUGAAUCUUCAGAUCGGGAAAUGAAAAAACAACGUGAAAACCAGCAGAGAAGCACAUGAAAACGAAAACAGACAAAUACAGACAACUGUUUUCUCUGUUCAAUUCCAAGGAAUGGAAGAUCAGAAUAACAAAUUUAUUCCAAUUCCAAAACGGCAUCUUUAUCUUCAGAGGAAAUCAAAAUUGAGGAAAGUGUUCUAUACUCAAAUUCCUGACACUGUUGAUCAAUCUCAUCUACUGCGAGGAAUAUUACCAAAACAAUGGAAUGUAUCUCCCCCUGAGGCAAUUAUAGCAAUUACAGGAAUAAGUCACCAGUUCAACAUAAAAAACAAGCGCAAUCUAAAAAAAGAUCUUAUUGAGGCUGUCAAAAGCACAGGAUCUUGGAUUGUUACUUGUGGUACAGAAUGUGGAGUUGUAAAAUUUAUCGAGGACGCUGUUAACGACCAUGUUACUUUGACAGAAUACAACAUUCCAAUAGUUGGCUUGUUGUCAGAGGGAGUAUUAGAUGAAAUUGAACCCCUCGAAAGAGUGAUACAUGGAAAAGAAAAAAAAUAUGGAAAAAGCAUUAAAAUUCCUGUCAGUUCAACAAAGGAAUCAUUAGAUCCUAAUCACACACAGUUUAUUUUCCUUGGAGAUCCGGAUAUGAAACAUCUAACAGGCACUGCUUCAUCUGAAUGUAGAAAUACUUUCCAAAGAUUCUUAUCGAAUAUCAAAGAUGCAGAUUUCAAGACCAAAAUAUUUAACGACAAGCCGAGAAUAAUUGAACAUGACUCACACAGCAAAAAUGGUCAGUGUGAAACAAACGAAAUAUUGCCUGUUGUAUUGGUACUAAUUGAAGGAGGAAUUGAUGCAUUGGAAACAGUUUUGAGUGUACUGGAAAAUAACAAUCAUGUUGUUGUAAUUGAUGGAUCAGGAGGAGCAGCGAAUUUCCUCUCAACUUGUUAUCAAAUAGUCACUAGUUUUAAAAAGAAGACCAACGGAGAGCAAGCAACAUUGUCAGAUUCUAGUGAGGAUAUCAGGGAAUUAGUAAACCAAUGCUUUGAUGAUGAAUCGUUAGAGGAGGAGGCGGACACGCUAGCAAACAACUGUCUGAAGAAACACAAAUGGAUUCAUAUAUAUUCGUUAGAGAAAAAAUCCACCAAAGUAGCCGAGUUUAUUCAGAAUGCUAUAUUCAACACAUACAAAGAUUACUAUAAAAAUGAAGUCGACAAAGCAAGUGGACUGAAAAAACAUGAACUGAACAUCAAGGCAGUUAAGAAACAAUUGAAACUUGUUGAAAAAUGGAAAAGAUGUGAUAUUGCGACGAAAGAAAUCUUUAUUUCUAAACACCGAACGCAACUUACAUAUUUACAGACACUCGAUGAAAAAAGGAUGGGCAAAUUGCCAAAUGAAAUCAAACACGUAAUUGAUCAGGUUAGGAAGAAUUAUAAAAAACAUUCGAAAGAUCUCGCAAGCUCUUAUACGCAAUUCAAGAAGGAUAUCAAAGAAGGAAACGGGGAACACAAAUACACGGCGUUAUCAACAGCGUAUAACAAAUUGUUUGACCAUGUUGAACGAAUGCCUCUUGAACAUAUCAAAAGAUACAAGAAAGAGUUAUAUGAGAUUCGAAAAGAAUUCAAUGAUUUGCCAAAACAUGAACAAGAAACAAUGAACGAAUUGAAAAAGCUGCAAAAUUCCAUGAAAAACAAAAUGAAGCACUUUUUGGACGAGUAUGAAUAUAUACUCAAUAAUUUAGCAGACUCUUAUGAGAAAUUCAAGAAGAGUGUAUUACAGUUCGAGGAAGUAAACAAGAAACUAUACUAUUCGGCUGUAAAGAACUCGUUUAACAAGCUAGCGAAUAGUAUAUAUGUUGUAUCUGUUGAAGAUAGUAAAACACUCAACAAGAAAUUCAAGGAGAUAGAAGAAGAAUCCGAUGAUAUGCAGACAUUAAAUGAAGAAGAAAUGGCUGAAUUGGAAAAAACAAUUAAAACAAUUAUGGAAAAGAAUAGAAACAUGUCCAACAGUGUUUAUGGUGCUUAUGAACAUUUCAAGAAUGAUGUAAUACAGUUCAAAGAAGUUAAAAAGGAGAACUACUUCACGGACAAAAACAAGGCAAAAUACUUCACGAAUGUUUCAACAUCGUUAACAGAUCUUAUGAAAAGUAUGGAGGGUGAAUUUGAAGAAAUAAAACACGAUGAUAUCAGGAGGAUAAUACACGAAUUAGUUGAUGAAUACGAAAAAGACGGUGUUUCAGAUCUGUUCCAGUCAACACUCAUAGCAAGAAAAACAGACUUUGUCAUUUUGAUAAUGGAUAAAAUGGAACAUAUGAGUGCAUUUGUUCUAGGUUACCUACCAAAUGUGUUUAGGUUGUGCAUUGAUAGCGAAGAAGAUUCAGUGAUUCAGCUUAUUGAUCAGCAUUGGGAGAAAUUUCGCAAUAGCAACAAAGACAACGUGAAGAAGUUGACUGAGUUGGACAUUGUAACGGAUAGGCUACAGCAACGGAAAGACAAAAAAAACAACAGAAUACUUUUAGCUGUUAACAAUUUUAUCAUAGAUUUGUUUGAAGAUACAGAAUUUAAACUGUACGAAGUGAAAGAAGGGGAAGAGAUAGAUCUAAUUUAUAAAGACAAACCUUUCCAUCAUCUUUUUGUUUGGGCGGUUUUGGUAAAUUGUAGAGAAAUGGCGAUGAUUUUUUGGGAACUAGAAACUGAUCAUACGUGUGCUGCUUUAUUUGCAAGUGCUGUGCUGAAUGAAUUGGCUGAAAAGGCACUCUUUUCGAAACAUAUGCAUCACAGUGCAUCAUUAAAAGAAAAUGCUGAACACUUUGAAACUCUAGCUUGUAAUUUGAUGACUGAAUUGUAUAGCACUGACAGAGAAAGCGCUCUUAAAACACUGGUGACAAAGGUUGGUCGAUUCAAUUCUACACCUUUAAAGAUUGCUGUCUCGCAAAAACUGAAAAAGUUUAUGGCACACACAGCUUGUCAGGCACAGCUCAACAGGAUAUGGAGCGGAGAUAUUGCGGUAUAUACACCAGCUUGGAAGAUUGGUAUGGUAAUAUUCCUUCCCAUUUUGUUAAUUCAAAGCAUGGGCUUCAUUAUUAUUAAAAAGAAAAAAAAGGAGUCGAGGCAAAUAAGUCCAAGUCAAAGUGGAUCUGCGGACCAAGGUCAAAAUGGACUUGCAGGUCGAGAUCAAAACCGAGGUCGGAAAUCAGAAAAAAAUGGAGAUCCGAAACCAGGUCAAAAUCAAGAUUCGGACCCAAAAAGUACCCAAAGUAAUAAGAUAUUCAACAUGCUAUAUAGUGCAUACCGGUUUUACUGUGCGCCAGUAACAAAAUUCGUUGUCUAUAUGAUAACAUACAUGGCAUUUGUGGUGAUCUUUGCGAUAUUUGUCUUGACUGAUUUGUACCCUUUAUCCGAGAGUCCUCCUUCUAUACUUGAAUAUUUAACUUGGGUGUGGACUUUGUCAUUAGCAAUAGAGGAAAUCAGACAGAUAUUACAGACAAACAAGGGAUCACUACCAAAAAAUCUGAAGUUCUGGGCUAAAGAUUUCUGGAAUAUAUUUGACAUGUUGAUGUAUAUCCUGUUCUUGUUGUCUGUUGUGCUAAGAUGUUUACUGAAUUCGGAUGAUUUUUACUUUGCAAGAAUGUCUUAUGCAAUUACGUUAUCGAUGUUUAUCUUGCGCAGCAUGCAUUUCUUCUUCAUCCAAAGGUAUAUUGGGCCUAAAGUCGUAAUGAUAGGAAGAAUGCUUGGAGACCUUGGCUUUUUCAUUGCUCUGUAUGCACUGUUCCUAUUCAGUUUUGGAAUCAUGUACCAAGCUAUUUUGUUUCCAAAUGCGGUGUCAUCACCUUGGGAGAUGCUAAAAAAUCUUGUUUUCUUACCUUACUGGCAGUUGUAUGGCGAGCUAAAUUUGGAACAGAUUGAAGGUGCAGAGCCCUCAAAAUGUACGAAUGACCCUCAGCUAUACAUGAACGGAACAAUAGAUCGAUGCCCAGAAAGCAGCCAGUUCAACAUGCUUAUGCCGGCUGUGUAUCUAGUUCUGACCAAUAUUCUAUUAGUCAAUAUCGUUAUUGCGAUAUUUUCGCAAACAUUCCAAAAUGUACAAAACAAUUCUGAAAUGAUUUAUAAAUUCCACAUGUAUGCAUUGGUAUAUGAAUACCACGACAGACCAAUGUUUCCAAUACCAAUAGUAAUACACUUAUGGAGAAUCAUUGUAUUUUGUUAUUACAAAAUAAAGAGACCUACGAAAUAUGGAGGCGCUUUUGUACAUGAUGCAAAGCCUGAAGAAAUUGAAAAACUACAUAUUCUUGAAAAAAGUGCAUACGAAACUUUACAGAACGGACCUUACUAUACUCGUAAUAAAUAUGAUGCAAUGAAAAUGAUGACAGAUGAAAGGGACAUACUUAAAGAAAUCGACUCGACACCUACCCAGCAAGAUAUAAAGGAUUUACGACUAGAAAUGCAUCGAAUGAGAGAAUCGUUGAUUCAGGAGAUUCGAAAUUUAGAAUAUCAAAAACCAGUUAUAGUAUUAGAUAAUCGGCGAUAAUAUUGAAUUAAAAACAGUUGACUACAAUUUACAGAACAGAUUGUAGAAGCCGCUUUUACUUAUUAUAUCAUUGCAAAUAAUUACUGUUUCGAACCAAGUUAUGCAAAACUCUUUAAUAUCUAAUAUGAAAUACACAAAAACAAAUAGUGUACAAUGUUUAAAGGAGUUGAUUCCCUAAAGUUUAAUUAGUAUUAGAGAAGUGGAUCAUUUAUUGAUUUUUUAAAGCUUUUGUUUGUUUAAUUACCUAGAUGUGCAUUUUUUGCAGUACCAUGUGUUUUUAAAGGUCACUAUUUAAACUUGACAAGCGUUUUCGUUGCUUUUAAGUGGAUUGACUAUAUUCAAUUUUGAAAAUUAGUAUUACCUGUUUCCUUUGUUCAGAUAUGGUAAAGAUAAUAUGAAUAAUAUGAAACUGAUUGAUGAAUGAAUAAUGAAUAUUGAAUUUCCAUGUACUUCAUAUACGAGCGUUAAAAUGACAUUAUUUUUUUAUUCGGUAUAGCCAUUUCAGCUCUGAAAGAAUAUAAAAUAAUCUGAAAAAAUGAAAUCAAUAUUUUUGCCGCUGUUUACUUGCGCUUAAUUUAGUCAAGUCAACGAAAGGAAAAUAAGCGUGUUAAAAAGUGCAUUGUAGGUGUUAUUCCUUUUGGUUUUAGACAACAAGAGAGACAAGUAUAUUAGAUCUGUAGUUGUUUAUUCAAAACUCAGCAAACAGAAAAUUCAAAAUAGUUUGAAAAUAGCCAAAGCAACGCAAACUUGACAGAGUUUUAUUUCUACUAAACUAAUAUUUAUGUUUUUUUUUUAUGUUUAAUAAAAUAUUUCAAAAUCUAAAA